AUGACUCACCGCACAGCCCACCGUAGCAUGCUGAAAGACUCGUAUGGAGCUGAAGAAGAGAGGGCUGCAGAAGGCACGGUGGCAGCAACGGCCAGCAGGAAGGUCACUGCGAGGGUUGCGCUACAGACCACUACCAACAGCACCACUGUCAAUAGCAGCACCAGCAGUGGGGGUUUACCGCUGCAGUUCGCCACAACCGUGGCUGUGGGCAAGGCUCGGCUGAGCUUCGGCACGCAGCGCUGCCUGAAUGUGUCGAAGAAGGCGCGGGGGAAGAGCGCGCAGGUGUGGUGGAAGGGGUCUAGCAGCAAGGCGAAGGGGUUCUCCUGCUGGCAGGUCAAGUUCUUUGACCUGGGCGGCUGCCAGGGCAAUGUGAUUGACAGCAUGGCCAACCUGAGCUCUACUGCUGCGGCCGAGUUCCCCAGCACAAUGAAGACGCUCAGCAAGUGGGCUUCCAUGGCCUCUAUGCUUUGCACCGAUGCUGCCUGCGAGGCGUUGGGCUGUGAGCCUGGCGGCACGUGUGUGUUGGACGAGACCGGAGAGCGCUACUGCAAGUGGGACUCGCCCUGUGGCGCCUGCCCCACUGGAGCCACCUGCAAGACCGUGCCAUCGACUCAAGAUUCUUCGGUGCAGGUGCCUUACUGCGCGUGCCCUGACGGCUAUGGGAUGACCCCCACCAAGUGUGUCAAGGGUGAAGCUUCCACUGUCGCAUCGAUCAGCUACACUCUCAUCGCGAAUUUAACAGCGAGGGACAACUCUUCUCGACCCUACACCUUUCGCCCCAGCCUGAAUAAUUGCACUCAAGUACCGGCUGCUGUGGAUUCCACGUUCACUGCCAUGUACACUGUUUACAACAUCGGCAAUGCUUCGAAUUGGUCCACAGUCAAAAUCUUUACAGGCUAUAACUGUGACGGCACUGUUAUGCUUGGAAGCGACAGUUCAUACACCCCGUCGCUUGUUGCACUCUUUUAUAGGAAAGUGACACCUGGUCUGCUUCACUCAGUCAUGUGCGCUGCGUAG